AUGAAGCGCUUCAACGAAGAACUCCACGACCCCAACCCUUCAGUUAGCCAGGAACAUGGCCACCAUAAAAAGCCCGUCAUCGUUGGUCUCUAUGGCCUCCCAGGGGCUGGAAAGACAUAUCUUCUGGAUGGACUUAAGCGAAGCGUGACCGACUUUCUAUUCUUUGAUGGCAGUCGUGCUAUUGGAACCGUGACCCCCGGCGGGCUUGAAGCAUUCCAUACCUUAUCAGAAGCCGAGAAAAUAAAUUACCGCGGUCGUGCCAUGGAACGAAUCAAACAAGGAUGCCAUGACUUUGGGAAAAGUGCUAUCAUCUCAGGACAUUCGAUGCUAUGGACUGAGGGAGAGAAAACAUAUCAACUUAUCUGCACACAAGCUGAUUUCGACUCAUACACUCACAUUGUUUACCUGGAAGUCCCAGCUGGCGUUAUUGCAGAUCAUCGGCGUAUCGAUCAACGGAGCCGCCCAGGCGCAUCGGUUCCACAUCUGGCCCAAUGGCAGGAAGCAGAGAAGACUUACUUGCGUCAUGUCUGCAGAUUACACAACAUUUUGUUUACAACAGUGACACCGCAUCGUUUCCUGCCUGAGCAGCUUUCUGCGCUCCUUGAAGAUUUCCAUCGCCACACAGAAGACCUCAAUACUAAGCUCGCUGAGGACCAGAUAGACAAAAUUUUCGAUACUGACUCCGAAACUCCUGAGACGGUGCUCGUUCUGGAUGCCGAUGAGACCUUAUCUCCAUACGAUAGCGGCUCUCUAUUCUGGCACCUCACCCCUAGAACCUCUUUGAUAGGUGAUAGAUAUCCUCUGAGGGAACUAUUUCGCAGUCACUUGCAGUAUUCAUACACUGCCUUCCGUCAAGCUACCCUUCUUUACGAAGAGGCAAUGGAUGGCAAUGACUACGAGAUAUGUUGUCAACAGAUGGCAACUAUGAUCAGAAUGUACCCUGAGUUUAUCAAAUUUUUGAAGUCAUUGAAGACUCACAUGCGGGCAGUUGUUCUUACCUGUGGACUACGCCGAGUCUGGGAACUGGUUCUCAAAGAAGAAGAACUUUCAGCGAUACAAGUCAUCGGGGGCGGCCGUUUAUCAGACAGACUGGUCAUGACACCCAAACUAAAAGCCUCCUUGGUGAAAAGGUUGCGCUGUGUCCACAAUGCUUAUGUCUGGGCGUUUGGAAACAGUCCAGUUGACCUUGAGAUGUUAAUGGAGGCGAACAAGGCCAUCGUCGUGGGUGUGUGCCAAAGAUCCAGCAGUACUACUAUGGACGAUGCUUUGAGAGGAUCAAUUGGGCAAGAAGGCUUUGCGCCUCAUCAGCUCCUCCUAUGUCCUGGGGAUUAUCCACAACCUCUCCUCAGCGUUCUGCAGCUUCCUCUGGUGAGCUUGACUGAUGAGUCUUUUCUCAACUCUAUCUCUGCGCGCCGUGAUUGUCUCAAUGUCUUUCAUGCUACGAAUCACAAUGGUGCCAAAGUAAUGAUGACAGCGAUACGUGAUGUUACAAUCUCGGGGCCGGCAUUGAGGAAAUACCAUCAACAGGCCGGAUGGUACUUAACGAUGAGAUUCUACGCUGAGAUGGUAGGUAUCGAACCAUAUUCAAUUACUCAUGUCCAGGGUCAUCAGACAGACGGGCAUCGGACUGCUCAUGAGAAAGUGACUUUAAUCGUGGCCCUUAUGCGCGGUGGGGAACCAAUGGCCUUUGGCGUUAGUGAAGCGCUACCACUCGCCACGUUCCUCCAUGCGAAGGAUCCAAUGGAUAUCCAACCGGAGCAUCUAUCAGAAUGUGUGACGGUACUAUUGGUAGACUCUGUCGUCAAUACCGGUAGGUCCGUGUUGGAUUUUGUUCAGCACAUUCGAAAGCUUAAUGAUACUAUUCGCAUCGUGGUCAUUGCCGGAGUGAUCCAUUCCCAUACACUUUCUAGGGGAGGAAUUUCUCAGCAGUUGAGUCGAACUCAAGGACUGUCGUUCAUUGCCCUUCGCCUUUCAGAUAAUCAUUUUAGUGGUCAAGGAGCCACCGAUACUGGCAACAGAUUGUUUAACACUGUGGAUUUGGAUUAA